AAUCAAGAAAGAAAGCACCAAAAGAACAAGAGAUGAAAGAUAGGAUUAAUGUGGAGAGAGAGAGAGAGAGAGAGAGAGGGCUUGGUGUAUGCACCUUGGAUGCAGUGGCAUCCGUUGCUGCCUUUGAUUUCUGCACCUUGGAAGCAGAGGGAUCCAUUGCUGUGUUGAUCGGCAGCUUGGAAACCAGAGGGCGGAGCCUGGGAGAGGGGGCUGAGUUGGGGAAGUUAGGGAGGCGGUCGCUGGUCUUUUAUAGGCUGCUGACCAGCUGUGAAUACGAUAUACCGGAAGUUACGUGUCCAUCAAGAUUCGUGCUAUUGACAGAUCUAGGACCCGCCGAGCCCUUCAUCAAAGAUGCCCUUCUCACAACUGUGAAACCGACGUUUCUUGACCCCAACCGCUUCUCUGCCCGCAGCCUGUCGAAGACCUCCUCUUCCUCCAAUCUCCCAAUUCAACCUCUCUUUCUCUCUCUCUCUCUCUCUCUCAUCUUUCAGCUCUGUUGCUGCGAGAUCAGCGCAAAGGAAGACACCGGCGCAUCCAUGGGGAACAGCAACAGCAGCGUGGAAGAGGAGAAGAUGUUGAACCACCACCUCGACUUGUGCACUGAUCUGCUCCGUGAUCUGAAAAGCAGGCUCUCUGAGGCUGAAAGCGAAGGGGACGCAAAAUUCAAGAAGCGCUUAAAAAGGGACAAGGAGAAAUAUAUGAUGACUGCUGGGAAGUUGUGUGAUUGCACCGAGGAGUACGAAAAGAUGGAAGCGGCGUACGAUGGUUUGCGGAGGCACAAAGCUGCAAUGGAAGCAGAGGCUGCGAGAUUGGAGGAAGAGAUACGGUCUCUGGAAAAAGGAAAGAGAGACGAUGGUGACGAGGCUGCUGAUGAGGACAAGCCCGACGAGGAUCCUUCAUCAGGCUGCAUCAUUAGCUGAAAAGGUUACGACCAUUGCAAUGGAGCUGAAGAGGUCUGAGAGUUCACCUCACGAAAGGCCAAGACAUUCUUUGAAGGAGGUUCUUGAAACGGUGAUUGAUGGAUACACCGAUUGUAAUGAACAAAAGACGGUGAUGUCUUUCUGUACAUAUGACAAACUAAAUGCAAUAAAUUGGGAGCCAAAACUUUUAUA